AAAAAGAGGGAAAAGCUCAAAAGGAAGAAGGGAGGGAGGGAGAGAGAGAGAGAGGGAGAGAGGGAUGUGGGAAUCGAUAUGCUUGACGCUCAUGGCGACGGCGGGGAACAACAUCGGCAAGGUCCUCCAGAAGAAGGGCACCGUCAUCCUCCCUCCCCUCUCCUUCAAGCUCAAGGUGAUCAGCGCAUAUAUUUCAAACAAAUUGUGGGUUGUAGGAUUUCUUAUGGAUAUAUCUGGGGCUAUUUUGAUGCUGAGGGCAUUAUCUCAAGCUCCGGUUUCUGUAAUACAACCAGUUUCUGGCUGUGGGCUUGCUAUACUUUGUGUUUUCUCUCAUUUUUAUCUCAAAGAAGUGAUGAAUGCUCUUGACUGGGUGGGGAUUGCAUUGGCUGGUGCUGGCACAAUAGGAGUUGGCUUUGGAGGGGAGGAGCAAAAUGGUUCAAUAGUCUCUCUUUUCCACUUACCUUUGAUGGGCUUCUCGGUUGCCUUGUUGUUUGCUCUUCUGGAUACAUGGCUGCGCAUUUACAAGAGGCGAAGGCAAGAUCAAGAACUGAUGCAUUCUGAAGUCAUAGAGGAAAUAAUAUUUGGCUUGGAAUCGGGCAUUUUAUUUGGGAUGGCAUCUGUUAUAUCAAAGAUGGGCUUUGUAUUUUCAGAGCAGGGUUUCUCAAAGAUCGUGGUACCUAUAUGCAUUUCCAUCAGCAUCUGCUGCAGUGCUACUGGAUUUGUUUAUCAGACCCGAGGCCUGAAGCAUGGAAGGGCUAUUGUGGUAUCCACAUGUGCAGCUGUGGCAUCAAUUGUUACUGGUGUUCUGGCUGGUAUGCUUGCUCUGGGCGAACACAUGCCUACUUCCCCUGUUGCCCGUGUCACUCUCUUGCUUGGAUGGCUCUUCAUUAUUCUUGGGGUAAUUCUCCUUGUUAGUUCAACCCGAUUGAUGGCACUUCUACCUAGGCCUAUCCGGCGCCAUCUGAGAAGCAACCUUGAGAAAAAUCAGAAUCUCAGACGAUCGGGUUCGGUACGUGCCAAGGAUCCUAGCCCAAGUGCAGUAAUUCAAGCAUCCACGCUGCAUCAUCUGGUAACUUCUCCGGCAAAAGAGAAGGCAUAGCAGAGUCAUGAAACUAGUUAAGAACAACACAUCGAUGACUGUUUCUUACUUCUCGGCCAGCGGUCGGCUUGAUUUUAAAUGCAGCAUUGAGCUUGUAAGCUUCCCUGCAAUUCCCUUCCAAGGAUGUUGUCUAAUGGGCUGUGUUGUUUACUUACUGAUCUUCAUAUUGUGUUUUUCAUUUGUUUUGUAUGCCCCUGUAAUCUAGCUGACCAUUUUUGUACUGGUCUUGUAUUUGCCAUUUUUCA